CCAUGCUUCAUCUUCAUCCACACUUUUCUGGUCCCCAGUAACUGUAAAGUGCAGAAGAGCUUGCCAGGGCCUGCAGAAAGCGCAGCACCUACGAGGCUAGCACGCGUCUCUCCUUCCCUCCCCCGGGAACGAUCCCGGCACCUCCCGGUGAUGUCAGUGGAAUCCUGAGGCGGAUCCCGCUCCCGGGCCGGGGAGGGCAGAGGGCCUCCAGCCAGCUGGGCAGAGCCAGGGUGAGGACAGCACCGGCGGAGUGGCAGCCCGGGACCGGCGCCCGCCUCCCGCCCCCGGACGCGUCGCCCCGCUGGCUGGCCCGCGCCACGCUCCGCCCUGGACGCCGCUCGUCCCGGCGCGGGGGUGCGCGGGGGGUGGGAGCGGGCCCCGGCUCAGCCUGAUUUACGGCUCUGCUGAAAACCGCUCGGAUCCCGCAGCAUCAGCACCGGCGGUGGCGGCAUUAGCCGCAGCAGCAGCAGCAACAAGUCGGGACUUUUAGAGUAAUGCAACAGAAGGCUUUUGAGGAAGGCAGAUAUCCCUGGCAGGAGUCCUUUGAAAAUGUUGCUGUGUGCCUGCCAUUCCGCUGCCCGAGGUGUGGAGACCAUACCAGAUUUAGAAGCUUGUCGUCCUUGAGGGCCCAUCUGGAAUUCAGUCACAGUUAUGAAGAAAGAACGCUGCUGACAAAAUGCAGCCUCUUUCCAUCUCUCAAAGACACGGAGCUACUCACUUCCUCCGAACUCCUGAAACAGGGAAAAUUGCAGAGCCAGGGCAAUGUGGUAAAGCAGAAACCAAGCUAUGUUAACUUGUAUAGCAUUUCGCAUGAACACUCCAAGGACAGGAAGCCAUUUGAGGUGGUGGCGGAGAGGCCUGUAUCCUACGUGCAGACCUAUGCUGCUGUGGACAUACGUGCAGACUCACUGGAUGGACCACGGUCGAGUCCUGGACUUCCCACCUCAGACACCAAAGCCUCUUUCGAGGCACAUGUCAGAGAAAAAUUCAAUCGAAUGGUUGAGGCUGUGGAUAGGACCAUUGAGAAGAGAAUCGAUAAACUCACCAAAGAGUUGGCCCAGAAAACUGCCGAACUGUUGGAAGUCCGGGCAGCAUUUGUGCAGCUGACUCAGAAAAAGCAGGAAGUUCAGCGACGAGAGCGGGCUCUGAACCGACAGGUGGAUGUGGCCGUGGAAAUGAUCGCCGCACUGAGGCAGCGCCUGACAGAAUCGGAGGAGGAGCUUCUUAGGAAGGAAGAAGAAGUAGUUACCUUCAACCAUUUCCUGGAAACAGCAGCUGAGAAGGAGGUUCAGGGGAAAGCUCGGCUCCAGGACUUUAUUGAGAAUCUGUUGCAACGGGUAGAACUGGCGGAGAAGCAGUUAGAAUACUACCAAAGCCAGCAGGCAUCAGGCCGAAGCCAUGACAUCAGUGAGCAUGUGCUUACAGAUAUCUCCUCAAAUAGGAAACCCAAAUGCCUAAGCCGAGGGCACCCCCAUUCUGUGUGUGGCCACCCCGAUCUCAAGACCCAUUUCCAUCCGAAGGGAAGGAGCUACCUGAAGAAAGCCAAGGAUGACAGAGCCAGCAUGCAGCCUGCCAAGUCCAUUCACGAGCAGGCUGAGUCCGCAAGAGAACUCUGCAGACUGCCCAAGAAAGGGGAGCUGCUGGGCCUUAGCCGCAAAGGCAACAUCAGGCCCAAAAUGGCUAAAAAAAAACCAACAGCAAUUGUGAACAUCAUCUAAAAGGGUGGGUGGCUCAGGACCAUCAUCUCUUGCCUUUGGGGAAUGUUGUUCCAGGGACCAAUGUUAUUGUCCUUUUGGGCACAUCCCAGAGUAAGACAUAUUGGAAAAGCAAAGCUCAUGAUGCACUUAAGCACCUCAAUUAACCAGAAUUUAACAAAGGGGAAUCUCAGUGAAUCAGAAUUUUAUUAUAACCUCCUUUUAAAAGUAAGAAGCAAAUUACAGAACAAGAAGAAGAAAAAAAAAAAAAAAAAAAGAAGCAGUCUUAUCCAAAGGUUUUAGUAAAACAAAGCUCCAGCUGCUGAAAUAAUUGGCCCCAUCUCUGGUAGUGCUGACACCUGGGCCCCUAUGUCUAGGUCAUUAAUACUCAGGCCCAGGGCCUCACAUGAUGUCAGACACUGGAAGAAAUUGCAUCUGUGCCCACAGCUUUCUAAACUGUAAGGCAAGGAAG